UCUGCUCCAGGCAGCGGUGGGAUCGGUCGGAUUUUUAAAUUAGUGAAGCCCUCGCGUGCCCCUCUCGGACUCUGUUCGAUUGAUCUCUAUCAAGUUUAGAUUUUGGGAUUUGAGCUUGGAAACGUUAGAAGAUCGAGAUUGAAAGCAGUUGUGCUAGUAGUGGCAAGUCGUGGAACUGAUUCGAACGCGUAAGUACGCGCCGCGCCGGAUACCUAGAACGCGCGAAGCAAAUUGCGCAGGCACGUGUGUCGCAGAAUUUUGAAUGCAGCUGUUGGUCGUUCGCGGUGUGGUGGACGCAACGAGAAGGUGCAACAACAAAAAUAGUGUGACAAGUGCCAAAUUUUCCAACUAACGAGUUAAGACGGUUUGUCGCUGCGUUGAUGCAUGAUUUAUAUUAUGUCAGUCGAGAGAGGGUGGAAAAGUGAAUAGAAGUGUGAGAGAGCUGAUUUCUGGUGGAACUGCGGAAACUGAGAAGUGAAAGAUUUUCUUUGGUUGGCGGAAAAGCCACACAACAUCGGAUAGGAGUGUUGACGCAAGAUGGAGAACGGUGCCUACAUUGGUGAUGAAACCGGGCAGACCCGUAUCGAGGGAAUCACCGUGACCAACGGUGACAUUAUUUACCAGAAUGGAGCUGUUAAUGGAUUUUCGAGCCACAUUGCCAUCAACACCGCCAACAACAAUAACAACAAUCCGGACGACCCACCCCCUACAGUACGCGAGAAAUGGGGCAAAAACAUAGAGUUCCUGCUGUCUUGCGUGGCCUUAUCGGUGGGCUUCGGCAACGUGUGGCGCUUCCCCUACACAGCGUUCAACAACGGUGGCGGCGCCUUCGUUAUUCCGUACCUGAUUGUGCUGUUCAUCAUCGGUCGACCGAUUUACUAUUUGGAGAUGGUUUUAGGUCAGUUCUCGAACCGCGGCUGUGUCAAAGUGUACGACAUGGCCCCUCUAAUGAGAGGCAUCGGCGUGGGUCAAACGGUGGCCAUCUUUACCGUCAUUACGUACUAUGCUGCCGUGUUGGCCAUCACCUUCCGGUACCUGGUGGUAUCGUUCAGUGCCGAACUGCCAUGGAGCACGUGUGACCCCUCGUGGGUGGAUUGCGUCAAUUCCAGCUUCAUCGGAACGAUUCCCAUGGGAAACGGGACGAAAAUUCAGUCAUCUGCCGAGCUGUACUUCCAGAAAACCGUUCUACACAAGGCAGAAUCGCUUGACAAUGGAAUCGGCAUGCCAGAUUGGAGGCUUGUUCUAUGUUUAGUGGUAGCGUGGAUAUGCAUCACAGCGAUUCUGAUUCGAGGAAUCAAAAGCUCGGGGAAAUUCUCCUAUUUUCUCGCUAUUUUCCCAUACAUCAUUAUCUUCAUCCUGCUGGCGCGGUCCCUAACGUUACCCGGUGCAUGGACCGGUAUUUUGUACUUCUUCAAGCCACAGUGGGAUAAACUGCUGACGAUCGAAGUCUGGUACGAAGCGGUGACGCAGUGCUUCUUCUCGCUGACUAUUUGCUUCGGCGGGCUGAUUGUGUAUUCAUCAUUUAACAAUUUCCAGAACAACAUCUACCGACAUGCCGUAAUCAUCACUUGGCUCGACACCUUCACUUCGAUGAUUGCCGGAUGCAUCGUGUUCGGAGUCAUCGGUCACCUGGCACACGUCACCAACCAAGACGACAUCCGAAAAGUGGUCAAAAGUGGGCCAGGUCUAACGUUCGAAACCUACCCGGAUGCGAUUGCCAAAUUUGAUUUCAUCCCGCAACUGUUCUCGGUUUUGUUCUUCUUUAUGCUGUUCUUGUUGGGCAUCGGAACGCUACUGGGGAUAGUGACAUCAGUUAUCACGGCUAUUCACGACCAGAAUCCACACUGGAAGCGGUGGAAAGUGGUUCUUGUGGUGGCCGUUUCGGGAUUCUGCAUCGGAUUGGUGUAUCUGACUCCCGGUGGUCUGUACAUUCUGGAUUUGAUGGACUAUUAUGGGGCCACUUUCGUCACGCUGACCCUGGCCGUAUUCGAGCUAUUAACUUUCGCUUGGAUCUAUGGCGUGGAUCGAGUUUGCAAGGAUAUCGAAUUCAUGCUUGGCAUCAAAACCGGAAUGUUCUGGAGGAUAUGUUGGGGGAUAGUCACUCCCAUCGUGGUGUUAGUCAUCCUGCUAUUCAGUAUUAUUCACUACGUACCAAAGGAACUGCCAUCCGGAUAUAAUGCAUUUGGAUGGUGUCUGUACACGGUGGCCGUGCUGCAGCUCCCUGCCUGGGGACUAUAUGCGUGGUACAAACAUCCGGGAAGUGAUCCAAUCAGCAGGCUACGGGCAGUGCUGAAUCCGAUGAGCGAUUGGGGACCGGAAGAUGCAACCACACGUGCCAAGUAUCACAGUUUCAUCGGCGAGCACGAGGCAACGCUUUCCAUGAAGGAAACAUGCACCGGGAGCUACGUUCAACGAAAGCUAUUCGGGUAGAAACCAAUACACACGCUCCAUUCACCAUCCCCCUACAGUUAGUUUCAUUUUACAUUUGAUUUCGCUUAUUAUAAUCUCAGAUGAUGAACGCCGUCAUCGCCUAGACUGUGGUACCUAUUUGAUAUUUAAAUUAUAUUUGACGUACGAGCGGAAAUUAAGUCAUGUAUGGAAAGUGUGGCGAGAGAGAGAAUUUGUUCAAAAUAAAUAUAAGUGGCAAUUUGCGGAUCCCACCGCAAGCAAUAAAACUCA